AUGAAAUUGGCGCGCAGUCUACAGGACUUUGGUUUCGCAGUUACAGUAACCUGUAACCCAGAAGGAUUUAAUAAAGUUGAAAAUCGUGUGCAAGGAGUUCUGUACAUACCACAAACUCACGAUGAAUUGGACACCGUUGAUGCAAAGUAUUUUUCAAAUCGAUACAAAUGGGUGAUAAUAUCCGAGCACGUCCCAUUAAAACUGCAUACAGUUCGCUAUGAUUCAGACAUAAUACUGGCAAAAAUACACAAGGAAUCAUUUCAUGACAACGUUACUAAUCUAACUAAUAUUGAUCUUAUAACUAUGGAAGAUAUUUACGUGCACCCACAACUUGGGGCAUCCAGACAUCCCUGGGGAAUUUGGACUCCUAAAAGUGGCUUACAAGUGUUUUAUGAUAGAGACAGGAUGUUGCGGCGAUUGAAUUUGAAGAAAUACCCCCUGAAGGUUGCUGUUCCGCUCGGUCUUUAUACUAACGAUACAUAUAGCGGCUCCUUUGAAGACUACCUUCGAGAUAUGGCGAUGCCUGAACGUGACUCCGGCAUACGGUGCGGGUUUACUGCGUCUUCGCUAAUUAUACAGAAACUUAAUGCUACGGAGAUAUUGGUGCCAACUCAGCUAUGGAGCAGUGAAACGAACAAUGAGAGUAUGCUGAUGAAAGUUAGCCAGGGCACUGCAGACAUAUGCGGUGGGGUCUUGAGGAUCAUGCACAGCCGUGUACAGAAAUUGGACUAUGCCAUGUCUAUAUGGCCAUUUCAUGUUGGGUUCACGUAUUUGGCAGAGAGAGAAAGUAGCAAUAACAUGUUCGUAGCACCGUUCACGAUGUCUGUCUGGCUCUGUUGCUCUUUUAUAUUUGCCAUUCUUCUGGGAGCGCAAAAGAUCACCGCUAAAAGUGAGAUGGAAAAGGAAGGGGCUUUCAUGGCGGUACUGGCAACAUUUCUUCAGCAAGAUGCAAGUGCAGUUCCCCACGGGAUAUCCGGUCGUUGGACGUUUCUGGUACUCUCUAUAUCAGCAAUGUUAGUACACGCAUACUACACGUCAGCGAUAGUAUCAGCUCUCAUGAGCACCGGCAGAAGUGGUCCUGACUCUCUUCGCGCCCUGGGAGACUCUCGGUACGAGAUCGCUAGCGAGGAUUACGACUAUAUGAGAUAUUUGAUGUUUGAUGUGCAGACAAAUUGGGAGGACUUGGAAUAUCUGAAACGCAAGAAGAUGAACGCAAAGUUCUACCAGAACAUACAGACUGGUGUCAAAAUGAUACGAGAUGGUCAAGUGGCUUAUCACACCGAGUUCAAUCAAUUAUAUCCUCAUUUGAGCUCGUUCACUGAUGACCAGCUGUGUAAGCUUCAGUUCAUUGACACUGUUCCGGAGAUAUUAUCCUGGAUAGCGACAACGAAGCGUGGACAAUGGACUGACAUGAUUAAGUCUACAGGAAGUUGGCUUCAUGAGACAGGACUAGCGAAACGCACUGUGUCUCGCCUUCGUAUAAAACCUCCUCCAUGUUUGGCCUCUUUGCUCGCUGAGAGAGUGAACAUCUACGACAUAGCACCUGUUCUUGUACUAACUCUCAUGGCCGUUGUUUUAUCUUUAAUCAUACUCCUGAUAGAGUAUUCGGUGGCUAAGUUCACGAAACAAAGAAAGAAGGAGUCAGAAGAGGUUUCUGAAGAAGAAUUUAUUGAAGAUAAUUUACAAUAAUACCCUACUCACCUAAUUUUAAUAAUCUACGGCCGUUUUCACAACCGCGUGUUUUGUUCGAAAUUUCUUGCCUCGCACAGCGACUUUGUGGAAUCAACUACCGGCAGCGGUAUUCCCGAACAGAUACGACUUAGGGACCUUCAAGAAAAAAGCAUACUCCCACCUUAAAGGCCGGCAACGCAUUUCUUGACACACCUGUUGUUGCGGAUGUCCAUGGGCGGUUGACUCACCUCUCCCCUUCCCGUGAGCCUCUUGCCCGUUUGCCCCCUCUCAUAUAAAAAAAACUUACAUUUCAAUUACCCAUCGAAAUAUAUUGGACAUAACUAUGGAUAGGUAAGAUAUGUCAUAAUAAGGUGAUAGCAAUCUAUCCGUAACUAGAGAUACGUUAUUGAAAACGGCCGCUAGUCACUCUCAAGCUUAUCGUAGAUACUCCACAGAUAGCUGAUAGAAAUUUUAAGGCCAUCAGAUUUCACAUGAAACCUUCU